AUGGCAGUCGCUGAUAUCACUAAUGAAGAUCAGGACAUGCAGAGCCCUGUGAGCAUGGACCAAAUCGGAGCUCACUUAGCAUCAUUACGAAAUCAUGAUUUCCCACAGCUCGCUUCCAACGUCUAUCUCGAUCAUGCGGGAACUACUCUGCCCGCAAAGAGCCUUAUCGAUGCUUAUACAGCAGAUAUAUCGGCUACUCUAUAUGGAAAUCCUCAUUCAUUCUCUUCUCCUUCGGCUGUCGCUACUGCCAAACGUUUGGCUAGCGUUAGAGCUAGGAUACUAAAGCACUUGAACACAUCAUCAAAAGACUAUUCAGUCAUAUUCACAGCAAACACAACAGCUGCUCUCAAACUCCUCGGUGAAAGCUUGAACUGGGACGCUGACAACAACUACUACUACCUAUCUGCCUCACAUACUUCUGUACUCGGUAUACGGCAAUCGAUUGCUUAUGCUAGACGGCAUCUUCCAAACAAUGGAGACGUCAAAGCUAUGACUCCUAAUGAUGUAGAGGCUUGGAUAUCUUCGGCUGAUAGUAGUAGUAGUAAUAGUAUACAAGAUACCGACCACGUGAAUCUAUUCGCAUACCCUGCACAAUGUAAUUUCAGUGGAACGCGUUAUCCUCUAGAUUGGGUAAAUCAAGUGAAAUCAAUCAAAGGCGGUUUACCGUGGAAGGUGUUGCUAGAUAUCGCAGCUUAUUCGACUACUACUCCAAUGGAGUUGAGUAAAUAUCCGGCUGAUUUCGCAGUCUUAUCUUUUUACAAGAUGUUUGGCUUCCCAACAAACCUAGGAGCCCUCAUAGUCCGCAACGACGCUCUCCCUCAUAUGCACAAACGAUAUUUCGGAGGUGGCUCCGUAUCAGCCAUAUCAUACAACAACCAAUGGCAACUAUAUCGUGAAUCAGCUGAAAAGUUCGAGGAUGGAACACUCCCAUUCCUAGAAAUCAUGGCUCUUCAUCAUGCCUUUGAGUAUAUAGAAACCAACAUUCCGCCAAGGCUUGGUAGUAAUCCAUGGAAUGUGAUACGAUCAUGGACUGCAUACCUGACUGAUUAUACGAGAGGGUAUAUGAAGAGUAUGAGGCAUGCCAAUUCGUCGCUUGUGUGUAAGAUAUAUGACCUUCAUACUGAUACUGGGGACAAUGAUGUAAUACGUGAUGAUCGAUAUACCCAAGGACCCGUAAUCGCAUUCAAUAUUAUGAAACCAGAUGGACUGACUUUUGUGGGCUACUCUGAAGUUGCCAAGAUGAGUGCCAUACAUGAUGUUCAUGUUCGUACAGGAUGCUUUUGUAAUCCUGGAGCAUGUCAGUUGUAUCUGGGGUUGAGUGAUGAGGAUGUGCAAGAGAAUGCUGAGAUACACGGCCACGUAUGCGGCGACGACAUGGACAUUGUAAACAACAAACCAACAGGCGCAAUCCGAAUCUCAUUUGGAUGGAUGAACACACUAGAAGAUUGCAAAGCAUGGCUCCGUUUCCUCUCUAAAUACUAUCAACUGAAUGCCAUCGAACAUCUCGAAAUCCAACCACUCCGUCAUGUACAAUCAACUGAAACAAACUGCACACUCUCAUCACUAUCCCUCUUCCCAAUAAAAUCAUGUGGUGGGUAUACACCAACUUCUGAAUGGCCGAUAGGUCCCGAGGGUCUACUGUAUGAUAGGAAUUGGAUGCUUGUUGAUGAGUCGGGGAUUGCAAUGUCGCAGAAACGGGUACCGAGAAUGUGUCUUAUUAAGCCUGUGAGGAUUGAUUUGCUGGCGUGUAUGAUGGUGCUGGAAGCUCCGGGGAUGGCUCAGUUGAAGAUUUAUAUGGGCGAGAGUGUGGAGGAGGCCGAGUCUGUUAGAGCAAGAGUUUGUGGUGAUCGAAUUCAAACAUUCAUCGAAACAAGAACAGACGUAUCGUCCUGGUUCUCCACCUUUCUUAACAUGCCAUGCCAACUCGUCAGAUGCAACAUGAACAUUGAAUCACGUCUAGACAAACGCUCCAAAAAAAAGCCCUACAACAAUACCACUACCAUAUCAUUAUCAUCAAUCGACACGUCGCCUAAAAUAGCAUUUGCAAACGAGUCCCAAUUCCUACUCGUGUCACUCCCAAGCUAUGAAAUGAUUCGUGAUGCCAUUACGACGAGUAAAGAAAAAGAUAGUAUGGACGUAUCGUGCUGGAGAGCUAAUAUCGUUGUCUCUGGGAAUGGGUUGGUGCCGUUUGGAGAAGAUGAGUGGAGUGGAAGGGAGAUUGAGAUUGAUGGACAGGUGUUUCAGGUUCAAGGACCAUGCAAUCGCUGUCAAAUGAUUUGUAUAAAUCAAGCUACUGGUGAAAGAUCUAAAGAGCCAUUCUCGACGUUAGCGUUGAAGAGGAAGCAGGAGGGCAAAAUCAACUUUGGACAACACUUGGCUCAUAUACCUUCAAAAUCAAGCAAACCAUACGUUAUUCGUACUGGUUCUCGCAUUCGUAUCUUGUAG